AUUGAUCAGUGCAGGAAGUGUGACAGUGUUUUCCUCUCCAGGUGAACUAAAGCAGCUUCCUGUCAUGAAUCUUGAUCGCCAUGGUGACCACCACUCGGUGACCCUCUGCGACCCCGAGGGGGAGCACUGCGUGCUUGCGCUGAACGUGCUGUUGGUCGGAGACCGGCAGAGUGGGAGGAGCUCCGUGGGGAACGCUCUGAUUGGUGUCGACGGAUUCAAAACCGGCAUCUGCGUUUCUGGCGUUGCCGUGACGACAGAGCACCGGCUGCUCAGCCGAAACUUCCAGAGGUUUUUCAGGAGAAAGGGGGUGGAGUCAGACCUCACGCUGAGAGUGGUCGACACGCCUCCUCGGUCGCUCCGCCCACAGAGUGUGAUCGAGCUCUGUCCCGACGGCGUGCACGUGCUCGUGGUUGUCGUGAGGGCUGACCUGCCGCAGGACGACGCACACCUGGGGGAGCACGUGGAGACUCUCUUUGGUCCAGACUGGCGUCGCCACGCCUUACUCGUCUUCACGCACGCCAACCACCUGAAGGGGGCGGGGCUUCAGCCGUCAGAGUACCUAACGCAGUCCAGCAGUUGGUUGAAAGCUUUGGCCGACGAGGCGGGAGGCGGAGUCUCGUUUCUGGACAACAGCUGCGAUUGGCCAUCGAUCCGAGGACGACCGCUGAGGGAUCGUCUGCUCCGCCUCUCAGCGGGCAACCAUCACGAAGCUCUGAGGGUGAGGACGGAGGUCUGAUCCUCAUCCUGACGGAGGUCUGAUCCUCAGUACUCAAAUCUAACGAUAACUGAUUACUUUUGAUGGUUCUAGAUGAAACCCUUGGAAUGUGAGAG